GUGAGCAGGGGCGGACUGACCAUUUAAUAACUCGGGCACUGCCCGAGGGCCCUGGGUCAGUAGGGGGCCCCAUGAGAUGCCCCUGGUACCCUUUUCAUAGGCUUUUUUGAGUUUGGGCAAGGACACAGGGCCCCAUGAUCCCCUAUUGCCCGGGGGCCCCAUGAGUUGUCAGUCCGCCCCUGCUUGUGAGACAAGGCCUGAGUCUGGUACAUGCCUGUCGCCAGGAGUGCCAUGUUCACUGCCCAGGAAGGGGCCUCAUGAGAUGCCCCUGGUACCUUUUUUCAUAGGCUUUUUUGAGUUUGGGCAAGGACACAGGGGCCCCAUGAUCCCCUAUUGCCCGGGGGCCCCA